GAGAGAGAGAGAGAGAGAGAGAGAGAGAGUGUGUGUGUGUGUGUGUGUGUGUUUGAAGGUCAAAAAAUUCAUAACUACCUUAGUAGGCGUAAUACGAAAUUAUUUCUAAGCUAUUCAAUGCUGAAUGAAUUUAGUGGAAAAUAUUCGGAACGUUUUCGCUGCAUGGAAUAUGAGAUUAAGUUUUAUAGAUCAUUUUAGAAUAUUGGAGAACAUACAGUAUAUCAUAUACAUUAAGUUCUUAAGAUGAUCCAGAAUUUUGUAGAAGUUUCCAGAAGAAUUUGGAAUUUAGAAAUCUACCUACGCCGAAGAGGGAUAUAUAUUACAUUUUACAGGGGACGAGCAAAUAGCCGUAACUAUUUCUUAACUUGAACAUCGCGUGAACUCGUGGCCACGUAAUUUUGAGCAUUGUUGGUCAAAGAGCCGUAGAAUGUUGGGAGGUAAACUAGAUCUGCCAAUGACAGCACCGCUCUCUUCACUUCACCUUCAUGGUUUGUUCUCCUUGCCUCCGUCAGAGAGAGUGAAACUUUGCUGUGUUCAGUGGCGCGCAGAGUUCGGGCGAGAAAAAAAACUUCGCCCAGUGAAAAUAUUGACGAAAUUCGUUGGAUUGCGGUUAAUGUAAAUCAGAAAGUUGCGGUUUGCUGACGCUUUUGUCUCGUUUUCGCAGUAGUGCUGUCACAUCCUCUAACUCAGGCCGAAACUCCGAACAUCACCAGAGCAUCAGACAAGGUGUCUGUAUUUUAAGGACCAUGUCCAAAUGAAAUAGUUUUUAUCAUGAAAUAGAGUAAUUCUUGGUCGUCUGUUACUUGAAUUCCUCUCCAUUUCCGUAAAUGAUAUUCCUUUAAACCUGUCUGCGAUGUCGUCACUCGGUGAACUAAACACGGCCAGUUCAGCAUGUUCCUUCGAAAGAUCGCCGCAAAGUGUUUCUUAUCCCACUGUUCUCCCAGGACGUCUUACCGGGCCUCUGUCUUCACUGCUCUUCUUUGCUCUUUGUGCUCUUCUGCAACACCGGGUGUAGCUGCCUCGCACAUCGCGCCUGAUACUGUUAGUGCGAGCACUCGGCGGGCUGUUGGCCAUCAGGACUCCGAACAGCAUCCCGCCUGGAACACCAGAUCUCCCGGGUUACAAGCCAAACACCGCCCAGGCGGGAGAGGGUUCAAGUUCCGUACUUGAGAGGAAAAACUUUAUAGUUAAGUUCUUCGUCUUUCACUUACCUUAAACAAGAUAUAAAUAUUUGAUCAUUUGUAUGUGAUAUCUAUUUGGUGAGUGAAAAUCCAAACUCCCAAUCAAUUGAUAAAAAUUUAAUACGUUAUGUUGGUCGAUACUGUUACGUUUGACUUAUUAUACAAUAUUUCAACUAAGUCACUUUUGACCAAUUUUGUCAGCUAUUAUGUGCAGAGAAAUUAUUUGUUAUAAGUUCAUGAUGUUCAUCCAAGGAUGAAAAACCGUCAUUAGAAUGCUUUUAAAAUAUAAUUAUAAAGUUUGGGACAAACUUAAAGUAGUUUGAGGAAAUAUAUCACAUACGAGGCCCAGACUCGUCUUGUUUCAAUGGAUUGCUCGCCAUGGAACGUGUUCCAGAUUGCCGGUGGAUGGCGGCGGUGCUGGUGCUGGGGGCGGCGGUGCUGGGGGCGGCGGCCCGGGACGGCCCCGGGGGCGGGCUCUACCCGCGGCAGUCGGAGAGCCGCGACGUGCGCAGCCUGGACGGCGUGUGGGACUUCCGGCUGUCCCCGGAGUCGGACCCGCUGCUCGGCUUCCGGGAGCACUGGUACAGCCAGCCCCUGCGCCAGACGGGGCCGACGGCGCCCAUGCCGGUGCCGGCCAGCUACAACGACGUCACGCAGCUGAAGGAGGUUCGCGACCACGUGGGGCUGGCCUGGUACGACCGCAGCUUCUUCGUGCCCGCGGCCUGGCGGCUGCCGGCGGUGCGGGUGUGGCUCCGCUUCGGCAGCGUGCACUACACGGCACACGUGUGGCUGAACGGACAGCUGGUGAUGACGCACGAGGGUGGACACCUGCCCUUCCAGCGUGACGUCAGCUCUGUACUGAAGCACGGCGCCAGCAACCUGCUGACAGUCGCCGUCGACAACACUCUGCUGGAGACCUCCGUGCCACAGGGCCGCCUCAAGGAGCUGCACACGGACAACGGCACACGCAUCGUGCAGACGUACACCUUCGACUUCUUCAACUACGCGGGCAUCCACCGACCUGUGCUGCUGCAUACCACACCCGCCACUUACGUGGACGAUGUGUCUGUGCAAACUAACCUGAAGGACAGCCUGGGUGUGGUGGAAUACAACGUGACCAUAGGCGGCACGGACCCAUCGGAAGAAAUGCUGUGCCAAGUAACACUAAUGGACCGAGAUGGAAAGCCAGUUGUUAAUGGCACACCAGGGCUGCAGGGCCGACUGGAGGUCAAUGCACCACAGCUGUGGUGGCCCCGCCUCAUGCAUCUGGACCCCGGGUACCUCUACACCCUCCAGGUGCGACUAGAGGCGCCUCAUCUGGGCACCACGGAUGUGUAUCGACUACCCAUCGGCUUGAGGACACUGCAGUGGAACAGCACUGCCAUCACCAUCAACCAGCGACCACUCUACAUGCGCGGAUUUGGAAAGCAUGAGGAUGCUGACAUCCGCGGCAAGGGGCUGGACCUGGUGACUGCGGUGAAGGACUACAACCUGAUGGAGUGGAUUGGAGGCAACACAUUCCGUACGUCGCACUACCCGUACAGCGAGGAGGUCAUGGAGAUGGCUGACCGGCGGGGCUUCAUGGUCGUGGACGAGAGCCCUAGUGUGGACACCGUGGGCUUCUCGUCAGUCUUGCUGGAGAAGCACAAGGCCGUCCUGAGCGAGCUGGUUCGCCGCGACAGGAACCACCCCAGCGUGGUCAUGUGGUCCGUCUCCAACGAGGCCCGGACCCACCUGCCGGCCGCCGAGGCCUACUUCGAGUCCGUGGUGCAGCACGUGCGACAGCUGGACUCGACACGGCCCGUCACCUUCGCCACCGCACGGGGCUUCUGGGAGGACAAGGCUGCCCAGUUCAUGGACGUGAUCGGCUUCAACCGCUACAACGCGUGGUACUCCAACCCCGGUCGCACCGACACCAUCCGGCCCAACGUGGUGCAAGAGGCAGAGGGCUGGCACCGCGCCUUCCACAAGCCCGUCUUCAUGAGCGAGUACGGCGCGGACACCAUGCCGGGACUGCACCUGUCGCCGGCGUACAUCUGGUCGGAGGAGUACCAAGUAGAGGUGCUGUCGGAACACUUCAGGGCGUUCGACGAGCUGCGCGGCAAGGGCUUCUUCGUGGGCGAGAUGGUGUGGAACUUCGCGGACUUCAACACAGCGCAGACCUACACGAGGGUCGGUGGCAACAAGAAGGGCGUCUUCACGCGCGCCCGGCAGCCCAAGGCCGGCGCGCACCACGUCAGGAGGCGCUACCUCGCCCUCGCCCAAGAGCUGGACCUAGUGACUCCGCCGGAGGACGUCCGCAGCUACGUCUUGCAGCCCUGCAACUGUAGCAGGACGAGGGACGAGUUGUAGCCUCAUGUUGUCCCGGGAGCCACCGGGGAGCAACUGGUCGGAGCAUCUUGGACACACGACCCAACUAAGCUUCGUCUCGACACCCUCGCUAGCACCAGUGGCUUACGUUGGCGCUGAUCACGUUAAACACAGCCCUACUCCAAUGUGCCUUGCUCGCUACAAGAUGGAGCUGCUGUGGUGUCGGUGUGAACAAGCCACGCUUGUGUUUCCUACAGAGGCCCGCCAGCACUGGGAGGCUCAGGGCGUGUAGCAGUUGUACCAGCGGGAAGUGACCUUGUGCAUGUGGCCGUCAUCACUCUAUACUGGUGACGAGCACUACUAGGCUUUCCCAUCACCAAGAGAUGUGGGUGCACUUUGCCCCGUGGCGCGGUCAGCAAGGGUUAUUUCAGUAUUCACAAACUACUCAGGUCUUAUGGAAGCAGAUGCAUCGACAAAUGCCAGACUUCAAAAAUCGUUGUUUGAGCAGAAAGUGAUGUGGGUGGUCUGACCUCAGCCACCUUGUGGUCAAAAUAUUCAUUGAAUUUUAUUGUUUUUGUUAUAUAUAUAUAUAUAUAUAUAUAUAUAUAUAUAUAUUUAUUUAUUUUUGUUUUUCUCUUAUAUUAGAAACAACUUUGUACCUAAUUGGUAUUCUUUGGUAAACAUUUUUUUUCAUCCUCGGCACUCCUUUUCCCUACUUACUUCCCAUCACUAGAUUUUUUAUUUAAUUUUUUUCUCUGCUGUUGGUAUUUCUUCUAAUAUCUAUAAUCUAUACAGUUCACUAAUUUGUGUUAUGUUUUUCUUCAGUGAAUGUAGUGCAUUAUUUUUAUUUUGUACUUUCUGAUUCUUGCUGUUCUUUCUCUGGUACUUACCAAUAUAUUUAAUAAUACAGAAUGUCUACAAUUACCUGGUGAUUCAAAUUCAGGACCCUUUUUAAUUUAAUACUCUUAAAACUUAUUAAAAAAAAACUGUUAUAUAUGAAAAACAAAAUAAAGCACAAAACAAAAUAUAUUUACUACAUAAACUUUUUAUAUUAAUGUGCACUUAUAAACUUAAAAGAGGCGUCAAACAAUAAAAUUCAAGUAGGCGAAAGGCUGCUGGUAAUGAGAUCUUCGUGACUGCCAACACCCUUGCUGUUCAUUUAAACUUUUUCCUGACUUUCAUAACCAGUCCUUCAGUUUCGUUCUUUUACAAAACUUUCUUGCCUUUUGUGAUCUGUAGACAUCCUGUAAUAAAGUAAUUUAUGUGGCGCUCUCAGCUGUUUGUAAAUAAAAAACUAUUACAGAAUGCUAGUCAAAUUUAGUUAGGGGACACAAUAACAGUAGUUGUAUUUAUCACGCACUCAACUGCAGAUUCCACUCUAUCAUCCUUCACUUGAAAGACAGGUGCAUUCACUCGUGCCUGCCACACAUCAAUGACAUGCGCUUGUUUAACAAUGUGUGUCGACCAACAGAAGCAGCAAUUCCUUUACAGCCAGCGACUACACUAGCUCGGGCUCACACACCAAGCUGUUUGCUAUGGUUUUCUCGUCAUUGCUGUUCUUGCAGAUUUAUCACAGAAGCGCUCUUGUAUUUCAUGAACUGAUACUUUCUAAAUACUAUCUAAAAACCUGCAAGAAGUCACACAGUGUUCAUAGUUGAUUAUGAUCACUUGUAGACUUCUUGCAGCUUAAAAAUAAUGUUUAGGAAAUACCUGGAAAGAAAAACUUUUACCCAACAACAAAUGCAAGAGAACUAGAACACAAUUAAAUGGUCAACAAAUUGUUUCUUUUUUAAAUUAAGCUGUUGUGUAAUAGUUUUAUUCUGGUUAAGCAUAUGGUUAUGGGUAUUUUUGCCUUCCAUAAGGAAAAGGAAAACUUGUAGACCAACUUUUUCUUGCAAGACAUCAUCUUAAUUUAACUAUGUUAUGUCAAACUGGAGCCAGCAAAGCUAUUCUGCAAAACACUUUCAUUGGAAAUAAACAAAUGAAAACAAAACUUUUUUUUUAACUGUGAAAACCUUACUGAACCAUGUCAAGUGGUGUCGAAGUGGUUACUCUGGGUAUGUUCGUCCUGAAGGCAACAAGCUGGCCAAUCCCCUUCCUUCGUUCCCUGAGGAGUCUCACAUGCUCCUUGACAGAUCCUAUCAUCCAUUGGACCAACGGAUCAACAACACCAACACACACACAGCUCAAUAUCAGCCAGCAAAAAUUUUAACAUCAUGACUAGAAUGCAAAUUACUACAAAUGAC